AUGGUCAAUCUACGUUCGGGUGGAACGCCAGGUUUGACAGAAGAAUACGUGCCAAAAAGGAGACAAAACCGAGGAUCUGAGGAUAGGACCCCGGAGAAUAGGACUCCAGAGCCCGCAGGUUCACUGCCUACACCUAUUACAGUCUGUAGGAGUGCCCCUGGAGUGUUUGAGAUAGACAAGACGAUUCUGGAGGAAUCAAACGAGUCUAACAACGCAUACGAAGACCUGGUUGACGAAAUGUCAGAGAAUACAGUUGACCCUAGUGGCCAGGUGUCAGGAGUUAGUGAAGAAACCCUGAUGAGAUUAGAGAUUGCAGAACUUCAGCGAGAAGUUGAAAUGAUAAGAGCUAGCAGGGAGGCACUCACUACCAAUGCUAGUGGCAAUGAAAUGAGUGAAGAUCUUGUGAACUAUCUACAGAGAAGAGGCAGGACUACUGCCAUAAUGAAAAUCUUGGCUGAAUUUAGGGACCAAGUGAAGCACAUCAAGAAAUCUGUCAUUCUGACUGGUUCCGCGAACUAUCCAAUGUGGAGGGAAGAGAUCCUACUGGCUGCUAAGCAAUCUGAAACCGAUGAUAUCCUCAACCAGAAGCAAUCUGCCCCUGAGGAUGGUGCCAGUAUGGAUAUGCAACGUUUUUGGACUGAAAGGAAUGUAUGGCUCUAUAACCAUAUGUGGUCUGCAAUCUCACCUGCAGCGAGAUCUCAUUUUACAAUACCAUCAGAUCAUCAGUUGUCGGCAUAUAUUCUAUGGACAAUCAUAGAAGAGAACUUCUCAGAGAGGCCUGCAGUCCGCCGCACCCGUCUAAGAAAUUAUUCAGUCUUUUAA